AUUUAAAUUUCAAACCAAUAUUGCCAACCAUCACCUCAUUACUCACCUUAUUUAUUAUAGUCUCUCAUCUACAAAACCCAUAUCUCAGAUCCAACUCCAAAUCACAUACACAACAAUGGAGAUCGGUUUCUUGGAAACCCUAAAAACCCAACCUUUAUGGGUUAUUGUUCUUUUUCUCUUGGGUUCUUUAUCUAUAUUAAAGAUUUCAGUUUCAAUUCUCACAUGGGUUUACGUUAAUUUCUUAAGACCUCCAAAGAACAUCAAGAAAUAUGGAUCAUGGGCACUUGUUACUGGCUCCACAGAUGGCAUUGGCAAAGCUUUUGCCUUUGAAUUAGCUAAAAAAGGUCUUAACUUGAUCUUGGUGGGUCGAAACCCUAAGAAACUUGAGGACGUUUCCUCUGAGAUUAAAUCCAAAUUCUCAAAAACCCAGAUCAAGAAUGUCAUUUUUGAUCUUACCGGUGAUUUAUCGGAAGGUAUCAAGAAGAUUACUGAGGCAAUCGAGGGGUUAGAUGUUGGGGUUUUGAUAAAUAAUGCUGGGAUUUCAUAUCCUUACGCUAGGUUUUUCCAUGAAGUGGAUGAUGAAUUGUUGAAUAAUUUGAUUAAGGUUAAUGUUGAAGCGACUACUAAAGUGACACAAGCAGUAUUACCGGCGAUGUUGAAGAGAAAGAGAGGCGCAAUCGUGAAUAUUGGCUCUGGUGCUGCUAUCGUCAUCCCAUCAGAUCCUCUUUAUGCUGUUUACGCUGCAACAAAAGCGUAUAUCGAUCAAUUUUCAAGGUGUUUGUAUGUUGAAUACAAGAACAGUGGGAUCGACGUCCAGUGUCAGGUUCCAUUAUACGUAGCAACGAAGAUGGCGUCUAUCAAAAGAUCUUCGUUUUUUGUACCAUCACCAACCGGAUAUGCCAAGGCGGGGCUACGGUGGUUGGGGCAUGACCCACGCUGCACACCUUACUGGCCUCACUCCGUCAUCUGGGCUUUGCUAAACUCGUUGCCGGAGUUUGCCGUGGAUUCUUGGCGCCUAGGGUUCUGCCUCCAAAUCAGAAAGAGGGGACAACUCAAAGAUUCCCGGAAAAAAGAAUAGUGAUUAAAAAAGCAUCACUUGUAGCCUAAAUGGCAUGUAUGUUGUAUCUUCUUGGAACGAAGAUCUUGUAAUAGUAACUUAUUUGAAUCAUAAUAAACUAAUUCGGUUGAGCAUAAAAAA